AGUUCUUUCUAGUGUUUGUAUAGAGCCCUUUGUAUAUAUAAACAAGCUUCCAUUUGCAUUUUUCUCAUUGGUUUAUCUCUUUAGAAAUCCUUCAGAAUCAAGAAAGUCAGCGGCUGCUUAUAAACUUUUCUUAUUUUCGUAUUUGCUUGCUCAAGAACAUUUUCUUGUUCAUGGAGGAGUUUUGUGGGAUGGAGAAUUGGGGUUUGCAGGCUGUAGUUAGAGGAUCUAGUGGUGAUUUUAGAAAUAUUAUCAAUACCGGUGUUGAUGAUCAAAAUUCCAUUUUUGGAAUCGAUCUGAAAUAUGAUCAUGAAUUCGUUUUCGAUUCUCCUGAAAUUUGCGAAGCUGUUAAUUUUUUCGGUGAUGAACUAGAAGAGCUUUACAAGCCGUUUUAUCCAGCCGUGACAAAUUCUGUUCCUGCUGAGACUGUUGUUGAAUUUAAAGAAGAAACUCCAGGAAAUGUUGUUCAAGAGAAGCAGACUGAUUAUAAUCCUUCGGAGACGAGUGAUUCUACUACUAGGACUAAUGCUUAUACACCAAAAUACAAGAGAAGGAAGAAUCAGCAUAAAAGAGUUGUGGUUCAAGUUUCCGCUGAGGGUCUCUCUUCUGAUAUUUGGGCUUGGCGCAAAUAUGGCCAGAAACCUAUUAAGGGUUCCCCCUAUCCAAGAAGCUACUAUAGAUGUAGCAGCUCAAAAGGAUGUUUGGCAAGAAAACAAGUUGAGCAAAGCUGUACUGAUCCAGGCAUGUUUAUCAUAACAUAUACCGCAGAACAUAGCCACGGCAAGCCAACACGAAGAAAUUCUUUAGCUGGUACCAUCCGUCAGAAAUUUCCAGCAUCAAAGAGCCCUAAUUAUAGAAGCAAUAUCAAGCAGGAAACAACUGAGGAUUCCAUUUCUGAUUUAAGAAUUUCUGCUCCAGAAACCGUUUUGCCUUCACCAGUGGAAGAAGAAUUUCUUCAAGCAAAAUGCAAUCAAGAGGGUAAAGAAGAUGAUGAGUUGAUAUUUAGUGAUGAUUUCUUCUCCGGGUUAGAAGAGUUUGAUGGAUUUAAUUUAGAAAUAUUGCCUAUCAGCUGCCAUAGUUCAGCACAACAAUUUCCUUUGAGUUCUUGCUAAUAUUAAAAGAUUAAGAACAAAAAUUAGCACCUAAAUAUAUAACCUGCGAGAGAAUUCUAAUACUGAUAUAUACUGCAACUUCAAUAUGUAAAGCAUCUCCAACAUUUUGUUAUUCCCUCAUAUCUUCAUUAAUGCAUAAGUGUUAUAAUUUCAAGGAAGCCUAUACUAUAUAUCGAUUAUAUAUAAACAGACUAGUACUAAAGAUGUUACGAGAUUUUAGAUUCUUUUUCCUUUUUUCUUUCAAUACUAGUUUACCUCACGAAACAUACAUUCUUGUUCAUGUAUUUGAUCGGCCACAUUUUAGCA